AUGGGAUGCCUAGUGUCAACUCCGAAGGAUACAGGUGGAAACAGAAGGCGACCCGGGAGUAUUGGAGAGGUUUCGGUUUAUGUUCCUGGUUUAAGGAUUCCGAAACCUGUUGAUUUUGCUCAGUCACUCGGUGAUUAUUUGUCGAAGAGUAUAAUCGAGAGGUUGUCUGCUCUUAGAACGCGGAUAGUUGUGAUGGCUAGCCAGGAAGGCCCUACGAUUACAAGAACAAAAAGAAAAAGCGUUACUCAACAUGGUGGUUCGACGUUGGCUGAUCUUCUCCAGGCUCUUGAAGAUUACUUGCCAGUUCUUCUAGGAUUAGUUAAAGACGGAAGCCAUUUACAAUACAAAGUACAAUUUGUUUGGAUGAACCAAGAAGACGAAAAAGAGGAAACAGCCAUGUCGAAUGCUUGGUACGAGGUGUUGUCGGUUUUGCAUUUGAUGGCAAUGCUAUUGCACUCAAAGGCUAAUUUGUUGCUGCUUCCAAGAUCAUCUAGUGAUGGUCAUCAGCAAAAAGUAUCAGAUGAAAACCGACGAACUUCUAUUGAUAUCUUCUUGAAAGCUUCGGGAUAUCUCGAUUGUGCGGUCAAACAUGUUCUUCCACAGCUACCUGCAGAACUCAGGCGAAACUUACCGGUUGACUUAGCGGAAGGAGUUCUUCGAGCACUCUCUCUACAGGCAUUAGGACAGGGUGUAGAUAUACAGCUUGGAAUGGCAAUUGAUAGUGCUAAAGCAACUCUUGCAGUGAAGCGUAGACUUGCGUGCGAGAUGCUGAAAUGUUGGCAACAGGCGCAGGAUAACAUUAUGAACCUUCCACUGGCAAAUGGUUGGGGCGAAAAGCAUCACCUUCUUGUGAAAUGGAAAUAUGUUGAAGCUAAGGCUGCAGCAUAUUAUUACCACGGUUUGAUUCUUGACGAGGGAAAUACGGAGAAAUCUCAAGCCCAGGUCUGA